GGAGAAUAAACAAUUCCCACAGACCACGCUACACGCCUCGGCUCGCUCGCAGUCGCAGCGCGCGCGUACACACACACACACACACACACACACACGAAAACAAUAAACAGCAAGGCAUCUUUUUGGACUAAACGUUUUGUUUUUUAAAAGCCUGCCUCGCCAUCUUUGUUCGCCCGCCUGAAGUGUCGAGGCGGACGCGACCGUUUUUCAUUGGAUUUGCCUGCUGUCGACCCUCCGCGAUGCGCCUCGCCGGCUGACUGUGGGCUGCACGCCGCAGGUUAUGUGGCGGGAGUGCAGGGGAGAAGCCGGGGCUAAGUGAAAAUGCCACUCAUUCCUGAAGAGUCCCUGGCCUCGUCAAGAUCCAGUUCAAGGGCGCCCGCAGGCGAGGCAGCGCUCACUCUUGCCAACGCUGCUCAAGGUCAUAUGAGCCAGCCCUGUGACAUUAAAGAGGAACAGGAAAGGGGAACCGAGGGAGGGGGGCAGAAACCAUCAAAGCACAGACAUGCACAAACACACACAAAGAGAAUUGAGUUGUAAGGGGGAAAAAAAAGGUGUGUGUGUGUGUGUGCGCGCUCUAUGAAGUGGGCGUAAACCUUUUCAACCAAUCGGCUUUCACCUCCGAAGAGCACACAAAGUGUAUACGAUUCGGGAUGGUUUCAUAAACGGGGGGUGAUGGGUUUCAGGAGGUGUAAAUAACAACAUGAAUGACGGCUGAGUUCCAUUUAGCUGCUUCAGGGUCCAGGUGGGACACGGUGCCUUUCCUACUAUGACAAGUCAAUAGAGCCAUCAUUACUCUGUAAUGUGCCUUUUGUUUAGCUCGUCUGAUAUCUCAAACAUCCACUUGGACUCAAGGAUGAAGUGGUCAAAGGUCACUGUGACCUCUCAGAACAAGUUUUUGGGCCAUAACUCCAGAAUGAAUGUGCUAAUUAUGACAAUUUUACGUAAGAAAACACAAUCAAGUAAUGGAUGAAAACUGCAACAUGACAAUGGCUGACGGGGCCAUACUCCCUUCAAGGUCCUCAAUGUGAGAUCUGCAAAGCUGAAAGGCGCCACUGCCGGGACCACUGCCAGGCCUCAGGACAGACAUCCCAAACAUCCAAAGCCACGGAAUGUUUCAGCAUCUUUGUGGUGAAAUCCCGCUGACUCCUCGCUUGCUUCUCGCAUACGCGUGGGGCUCGGCCUUCUAGUACCCUACAGUGUUUCAAGGUACACAACAAUGCCUGGGAGGCCCGCCUGCCCCCGAUUGCCUCCAACCAUGGAUGCUGUGUCACCGCAGUGCUGACUGUGCCCACUCCAAAAAGGGAUCACACAUGGUCAGUGCGUCCUCCGGCCCGCUGCAGACUCUUCUAUUGGUUAGGAAGUACAUGCCACUGUCAGCCAGAUGACCUAGUGGACAUUUGUUUGCCAGUAGCAGUGCUGAACCAUACGAGGGGAUCCUAGUAUUGAACAUGACUCAUGGGGAGGAGCCUGGCCCUGAGACACACAAGGAUUCAGCUGUUCUAACUUAUCUGGAAGGUUUACUGAUGCAUCCAGUGGUAGCCGGGCCUGGGGCCACGGCGAGCGGGAGGUCUGAGGCUGCCCACAGCAACCAGGAGCAGAGUGACAAGGUGGGCGGGCCUUUCCAACUGCCCAAUCAUAGCCCCACGGCUCCCAAAGCUGGAACUAACGGGCCCACAAUGGGUUCUUCGCAGCACCUGAAGAAGGCCCGCCUACUGCGCUCCGGAGACUGGAAUGAUCCAGGGUCCCAGCGGAUGACUUCACCCCCAAUGGAGAUGAAUGGCCAAGUCGGAGGCCUGCAAAAUGGAACACUAGAGGGAUCUCCUCAUGCCGGGGAGAGCACCCUGUUGGCGUCCCUCCUCCAGUCAUUCAGCUCACGGCUUCAGAGUGUGGCAAUGUCUCAGCACUCUAAUAAACCCCCCAGUGAGUGUUCCUCUCCAUCCAAGGCACCGCCUCCGGAUAAAGAGCCACUUCCUGUGUAUGGGACCGCCUCGAGCCGCUUGAAGGGCCUGAUGAGGAAGAGCAAACUUCAAAAUCACAGCAACACCCCUUACAGUCGCAGGGGACACAGUCAGGACAGGCCCCCAGAAUCACCCCGGUCGGCACACAGUGCCACGCCUCCCUCCACCCCGGCGACCGCUGAAUCCGUGUCCUGUGCGGAUCGUCUGAAGGCGGUGGCCAACAUGGUGAAAAUCCGUUCUAGUCCGGCACCUUCACCCAAGCCCAGUGUGGCCUGCAGUCAACUGGCCCUGCUGCUGUCCAGCGAAGCCCAUCUCCAGCAGUACUCCAGGGAGCAUGCACUCAAAGCCCAGCUCUCAGGAAGGUCUGCCAGUGAGAGACUAGCUGCCAUGGCAAACCAGCAGUAUGGCCAGGACAGCAGGCCCCCUAGUGUGGGAGGGACUCUGCCUGGAGCCCCAGACACACUAAUCUCCUUAUCAACCCAAAAUGGAAUGACAACAACAACCACAAUAACAACAACAACACUCCCUCGAACGGCAAUGUCCAGUCCACAGAGCCCCUCUUUGCUACAUGGCAACAGCCAAAGCUCCCCACCCACUCCCCCUGCACAUGCUCCAAACCCCACCCUCAGCCAACCGUCAAGGGAGAAGCGAGGCUUUGACUCCCGUCCAACCCGUCCCCCGCAGACAUGCAGCAGCUUGCUGCUGCUGCUUCUCAACAACCACAACAACCAGAAGCAGCUGACCAAGAAUGGGCACCUGGAGGACAGCUGUGGCAUUCUGCCGCCAAGCGGCUCGUCUUCAGUCACAUCGGACAGUGAGUGCUCCAUCCAGGAGAGGAACUUGACCAAGGACAGCAGUGAUGCAGAGAGUUCCUACUCCAGUUGCUCUCCCAUUGACCUCUCGGUAAGAAGCCGGACCAGUACACGAGACACAGGGCCCAAAACCACUGCCCCCUCUUCCUCCUUCUCCUUCUACUCUCCCACCUCCACCCUCUCUUCUUCCACCUCAGUGUUUUCCUCCACCCCAGUUGCAUUCUCUCCCCGAGCUUCUGCUCAACCCUGCACCGCAACCUUUUCUCCAACCUCUGCUGCUGUCCCCUGUAUUUCCACUGCUAUGUCCUCCUCUCCCUCCACCUCUAUGUCUACCUCCUCUCUGGACAAACUAACAGAAUCUUUAAUAAACAAGUGGAAACCAGAGCCAUCAGGAUCAAAGCUGUGCAAGAACAAGGAGCCUGAAAUGAGCCAAGACCUCAAAUCACACUCUAAAGUCACACUAAUGCAGCUUCUUCUUGAGCGCAGAAAUAAUGAGAUGGUUAAUAAAAGCGUAUGUAACCCCGAUUCGCCCGUUGAUAUAACUAUGGCCGCCAUUGCUCGAGGCCAACCAAAGGGACUUGUGCCCUGGGAGGAGACCAGGACAAAAAGCCCCCUAGACAGACCGGUAGCCCCAGCCCAGCCCCUCUACUCGCCACUCAGCCGGGACACUAGUGAUGCACUGUCCCCGUACUCCUACCCUUCCCCCCAUGUCCAGUCCAGCCCAUUGGAUUUGUGUAAAUCUAAAGCCUUCCCUGCUGAGAAGGCUUCAGAGCCUGCCUUCAGUGCCAGUAAACUGUUACAAAAUCUGGCUCAGUGUGGCACAGCUUCUUCCUCCCCACCCAUCCCCUCCAGCAAAGGGCUUGGUCAGGAGCUAGACGCCAGCAGGCCCCUUGCCCUAUUGGAAAGGCUCAAUGCUCCAAUACACAGGACCACCACCACCCCACUCUCAGACGGACCCUCUGGCAGUGGCACACCUUUCAGCCAGAAGGACGCUUCUCCUCCUUCAGCACAGAUCGAGAACCUUCUAGAGAGGCGCACUGUACUGCAGCUCCUUCUAGGAACGGGCUCGGCCACUGUCACAGUCGGCCGUAGAGAUAGGCCCAGUGGCAGGAGGAGUGUGGAGGUCGCAGGGGGCUGCUAUGAGAAGAGCCCCGGUGCCUCCCUCAUAUGCGACGGCUCAAAUGGGCCCCCUUUGGACGUAAAGGUCAAAACUGAGUUUGCAGAGGAGGUGGGACCGUCCUUGGCCAUGUCUGAGGACUCUAGUGGCAGAAAGAGACCUGGUGGCUAUGAGAAGAAAAGCCCCCUCCCCGAUUGUCAGCAGGACUUAAAAACAGAACCACGGCCUACAGAGGUCAUAGCAAAAUAUGGCCUCCUCAGCCAGCUGCUCAAACAACAGACUGCUACCUACUAUACCAGCUCUGCGAUGCAGGCUGAGUCACAGCCCAGGCAGGUUAAAGAGGAACAGAGGGAGUAUCUAAGCCCCAAUCCUAAGAAGAGACGCCUCUGCUCUGACCGGACUGACAGUUUGAGUCAUACUAGCUCUCCCAGAGCAGUGGGCAGUGGCGACAUGAACAUGUAUGCAUCCUCUGCCGUUCAGGAAGAGCCUGAGCAGCAGAGGAUUGUGAAGGAAGAGGAGGCUCCACCAAGUGAAACCCUCGCCAGAGAGAGUCGAGGCUUCAACGUGCUCAAACAGCUGCUGCUCUCUGACAACUGCCUGAAGGAGCUGCAGCCCCGGGGGACGCCCAGUCCCUCCGUCCUGCAGGCCAAUGGCAAGGCCAACGGCAGCAUUCUCAGUCAGCCCGCCCAUAAUCACAGCUUCCUCCACCUGCCGGGCUGGCAACCCCAUGGUUCCCUCAAUUCAGGGCCUCCGAGUAAUCUCAGACCACUGCCCACCCCCCCUGCAGGGGACAGCCCUAUCCGCACCCCCUGGAGCCGCCAGCCAGCUCCAUGGCCGGUCGCUCCAAAGCGGGACCCGCCUACUCUAGUCAAACAGGAGCCCGAGAGCCCUGUGAGGUGGAGUAGUCAGGAGAAUGAGGAGGAGGAGGAGGAGGAGGAGGAGGAGGAGGAGCAAGAGGGGGGGGAGGCUUGUGACUCAAACCCGGACUCUCCGCGGCUCUCGCGCUCCAACCCCAUCCUGUAUUACAUGCUGCAGAAGGGCAGCAUCCAGCUGAGGAAGGAGGUGCGGGACCAGGCGGAGGGAACCCACUCUAUGGUCCGAGUUAAAGAAGAGCCCAUCAGUGACAUGCAUGCCUAUGAACACAGUCUGAGCUCCAUCCCACAAUCACCCAACCACAAUGACAAGCACAGCCAUGAGAGCCACGGGCUGAGCCAAUCAUAUGAGUAGAAGUUGUAUCAACUGCAGAGAAAUACAAAGCGGAAUCAAAUUCAUUGACUCAUUUUUUCUCCUCUUUUUUUUAAUGACUUGCCAAAUUGGUUUGAUGGGACAAAUAACAAAGAUUGCAAACAUGAUUUUUUAUUACACUUUUCUUGUGGAAUUCAAAUGCAUACAGUGCAGCGGUUUCUCAACUUUAAUGGCGACGUCCCGGAGCGGUACAGAACAGUACAGAACAGGUCCAUGCGUAAUUGAGCUAAACUACACAACGGUCACCUCCCAUCAGUGGCUAUCACGCUCUCCAUAUUAGGAAGUCCUCCUUUACAAUUUGGUCUUGUUCUACACUUUUUAUUUGAUCCGAGUUCUACACAUAGCACUAUGUUGCCGGCCAUUAAACAUUUAGAAGGAACAUUUCAGGCAACAUUCAUUAUUGAUGACUUCAAAGAUGUUAGCGCUCAGUUCAGUGGACAUUUAUUUAUUUUCUCCAUCAGAACAUUUUCAGAUGAGACAGAGGCCCCAUCAAUUUUAGAUAAGAUUCCAAAUAAAGGCGUUCUGGGCAGACCCGGCGGUCUAUUACAACAAUGCACAUGUUAAAUUCAUUCAAAGGAGGACCUUGAAAACAGUUCACACUGCAGUAGCUUCGGUGAGGAGCUCCACCAUGAAUGCUUUGUCUCGCUCCUCCUGGAGAUUCACAGGGUGGUGUAAUUACCAGUGGAGGCAGGAUGUAGGAGGUUUGAAUAGUCCCAAUUCAUUGAGUUCUGCUUUCAUUUCAAUUGAAUGUUUCAAGGGCAAUCUGCGGCGGUGCAAACUCCGGGUGACGUGGUUGUGCAGCUUUGAGCAGAUGGGUCAGCGUGUGGUGUGCAAACAGGUUUCUGGAGCAACCGUUAAAAAGGCUGAGGAGGUGCUCCCCAUCCUGGCUCUCGACACGCACGCCAACUCUUCUUCUUCAGGACCACCUGGCGUUUGCACCGUCGACAGCCGAGUCCUUUUCCAGGAGCAUUUAAUGGCAUGUAAUAAAUUUAAAAAAAGAAAAGUCAGUAUUGUUAUCCGUUGAGAAUUUGACAGUUUGUGAUUCUUUUCGUCAUCACUUCUUCAACUGUUGUGGUUUAUGGACAUCUGUCUUUUUUCCUUUUUUUGUGGCAGCCUCUUAACUCAUAAAAUGUCAAAAGAAUUGCAUGGUAAUUAAGAGAAGACCACGAGGUACAUCUGUGUUUCCCAGGCAGCUGGAUAUGCAGACCUGCCCCCCAACAGUCACCAGGACAUGUUGGGGUCUUGAGGGAGACCGCUAUCUAGCUCCUUAUUUUGAUUGUACUGUCUUCUUUUGGGUUAAUGUCACACACUGCUUUAUCCAUUUAGUCUUGUGAUCUUUUUAAUACAUAUACCUAUGAA